AUGCGUGACUCUAACCACAGGUGUGUGCUCCUAAAUAGGCCGAGUGUUACGAUAACGUCGGCAGUGUACGAUAGAAGAGGCUUAGAUUGUAUUUCAGAAAUCCCACUGAUAAACUCUCUCAACCACUUGACUUACCUGACAUCGAAUUCAGCCAAGGUUCGCGAAACGGUUGCGAACGAUGGCGCGUUAGUAAGACUGGUUUCCAUUCUACACGAUUGCAACAUUCCGCUGUCCGAGAUAUCCGAGGUGCAGCUGACAGAUGAGAUAACGCCUGUUGAAAGAAUUCAAAGACAGCGAAAACUAGCUAUGGUUGCUUGGAAGUGGACCCUUGCGUUUCAGUGUUUAGUUUUAACAGGGACAAGAGGUACAGAGCACAUUCGGAAGCAAGUUGUUUCCUCUGGUGUCAUUCCCAUCCUUGCCACUGUCCUAGAUAACUACUUACUUCUGGAAAAGAACUACGAUUUCAUGGCAGGGGGUGACUUAGACUUCGACUUCAAACGUACUGUCCUUGACGGGUCAAUCUCGUUUGAAGAAUUAACGAGCAGUUGUGGCGACGAAGGACUAGUCGAAAAAUGUCGAGAGCUGAGGACGCCCAGUGUGAUGCAGCUCAACACUGAUUUCAGUUCCUUGUGGAGAGCUUCUCUGGGGCCUGGUUCAAAUGAAGACCUCGAGGUUGACACCUACGACAACAUCGCCGUGUCUGUUCCACGUACUUUUAUUUGGGGGAAGAUAGCCCCAAAGGCGGACGAUGUUAUAUGGUCACUUCAACUGUUGGCUUUCAUCUCAAAAUAUACACACAUGAAGCCCUAUCUUCAGAGGGUACAUCUAGUUAAAUCACUGUCCCUGAGAACCGAGGUUUCAACCGUCAGGAAACAUCUUGAACAAGCCUUUGAUAUAUCCCCUUUGAAAAUAUCUACAGAAGAAGAAGCAAAACCAGUACAAAAUGAAUCGGAUGUUGCAGAAGAGCCGAAGGAGCGUACGGUUGACCACAACGACCCAUAUCUGAUAGAAAUGGAAGCUUUUUGUAAGAACUUGAAUGGAUCAGGUCUCGUGUUCCACAACUCUAGACACUGUAGUUCACACAGAGAAGAAUUUAUUGACGCUCCGCAUAGAGUCAUUAAAAUGGCUAAGAUAGAGGACAAGUUCAGUACUAAAUGGGACUAUGAUGUAUUUCCGAAGGUGCUGGAUGAGGGUACGUGGAACCACAUCAUUGGAACGCAGUAUCUCAAUCUAUUUCCAUUAGUGGAGCGUUUUACGGUGAAAAAAGAAAAUGAGAGAGACAUGACAUACUGGAGUUCAGUCGUUAUGAGAAACUCCUGUCGAAAAAACGAAACAACAGGUGUGCGGCAAUGCGCCAACUUUGCAUGUGGCAAAUGGGAAGACUAUCCAAAGCGGUUUGCUAAAUGCCGUCGAUGCAAGAGAACAAAAUAUUGCUCGCGCGAAUGUCAAUUGCAGUCGUGGAACUUUCACCGGUACUGGUGCCAGGAGGUGACUAGUUCCUCGGCAGGAAAUGGGUCCGUAAACAACGGAAGCGAAAGAAACACUCCUCAUGAAGCUACAAGUACAGCCGGAUCAGCGGUGGAAAACGCCACUACGGAUAUCCCUAGCGCUACAAACGAGCAUUCAGCGUUUGACGCAACAGGAAGUAAUACAGAUAACUCACAGCAUAUCAACAACAGGAACACAAUUACGGGGGAGACAUAA